CGCUUCCUCUUCCCUCGCUCCAGGCUCUCCACGAGGAGUUCCCCAGUUUGGCGCCUUGGGCCGACUAGUGUCACUCGCGCCCUUUUUUCCGCCGCCUCGGCAAGCACAGCAUCUGUUCGGAAUGCGGAGUUCAGCAGGGCGACCCAUUUGGACCCUUGCUUCUUGCGCUCGCUCUCCAGCGAUGCGCCGAACUGGUCCUGCGCGGCGCUCCCGACCCCGCCCGGCCCGCGCCCCCUGGCCAGGUCGACCUUGAGGCUGUCUUCCUGGACGAGACCUUUGCGGCAGACUGGCUCGCGGCGGCGCGCCUCCUCCACGAGCUGGUCGUCGCCCUCGCCGCGCCAGGGCUCCAGCUCAGCACCGGGCCAGGGAAGUGCGAGGUGGUCCCUGCCGGCGGCAUGGACAGCGCAGUCGACCCUGGCGCUUUCCCGCCAGGGUUCUGCCUCCGCACGCACGGACUGGAGCUUCGAGUUUUAUUUCCGCGGGCGCCAUUUUGAUUAUGGUGCAGCAGGGCAGGAAUUUCUUGGGCUACGUCGAUUUUCCGCAGACGGAAGGCUUCUGGGAACACGUGGAACUGAUGAUAGAGUGGCUGCCACGGACAGAUCCUGGAAGCGCCGCCAUGGGCACGGCCGGUCUGCUGCUCCUGCACCAGUUUGGCAAAUUGAAAGAGAAGGCGAACAAGAUGAUCAAAAGGGGGGAUUCCAGCGCCGGUCGGUGGAAGAAGAUCAAGCGGAUCACCGAGAUGAAGGAGAUCAUCAUCGCUGUGCUGGGCAUCCUGCUGAGCUACAGCAGCACCUUCUUCACCGAGGAUGGCAAACCAGCGCUCACCACUGUGGGCCACAUCCCUUCUGGACUCCCACCGUUCCGACCAGCCUGGUCGACGAAACCCGUCGCCGGGCUUCUGAAGUCCAACCAUGAAAAGUUCCACUUCGUUUUCGGUGGUGUGUUGGUGGCGCUCACUUCAUUCCUCACAACCUACGCCACGACGAAGAAAAUGGCUUUGAAAUUCGGUUACCAACUUGACGCGUCGCAGGAGCUGAUCGCUCUCGGCUCGGCGGGGGUCAUGGGAUCCUUCUUUGGCGCCUUCCCCCCCAGCGGCUCUCUGAGCCGCACGGGUCUUGCGGCGGAGCUGGGCGUCCAGACGCAGAUGGGUGGCGUUUUCGCCUCUGGCGUCAUCGGCCUCGGCCUGAUAUUCCUGGCGCCGGCAAUAUCGUUCCUUCCGAAGGCAGCUCUCGCGUCGAUCAUAAUGAAGUCGUCCGUUAGCCUGCUCGACUUCGACUACCCAAUGGAGAUCUGGAAGCAGUAUUGGAAGCCCAAGAGGAAGGGCGGCCUGAGAAGGGAUCUGAGGAUAUGGGUCGUAGCGUUUGUCACCACCCUGCUUAUGGGAGUGCUGUACGGCAUCGGUCUGGCCGUCCUCGUGGACGUCUUGCUCAUCGUGAGGGACGCCUCCCAGCCGAACGCCGUGAUCCUGGGCAGGGUGGAAGUCGGCGGCGGGAGGAAGUGGCAGAAUCUGGAGGACUGGCCCGCCGCGGAGAUCUUCGAGGGCAUCAUGGUCUUCGAGUUCAGAGGCCCGCUGUCCUUCGCCAGCGCGGAGUGGUUUCAAGAGGC